GCGCGGGGGCUGGCCACGUGUCGGGACCGGACAAAAUGGUGACCUGGUCACCCCGGGACCUUUAGGAGGGCCGAUCCCCGAAACUUGUCAGCUUCGCCUGCAGACGGGGCCAGGCCGACUCCAACCCGGUACUUCCGGGUCCCAGUAAACCAGACCGUUCCCCACACUGAACCAGAACGUUGGGGAAUUGUGCCCGGUGAGGUGGUUCAUGCCUGUAAUCCUAACUACUCCAAGGCCCGAGACAAGAAGAGUCAGAGGAAAUGGCAGCCUCCAGGCAUGUCCUAGGCCGAGUCUCCCCAGAAUCCUCCGUGCUGUUUCUGUGUGACAUGCAGGAGAAAUUUCGCAAUGUCGCCUACUUCUCCCAGAUCGUCUCUGUGGCAGCUCGCAUGCUCCGAGUGGCUCGGCUGCUGGGUGUCCCAGCCCUGCUGACGGAGCAGUACCCACAAGGCCUGGGCCCCACAGUUCCUGAGCUGGGGGCCGAAGGCCUUCAGGCCCUGAGCAAGACCUGCUUUAGCAUGGUGCCCACCCUGCAGCAGGAGUUAGACAGCCGGCCCCAGCUGAAGUCUGUGCUGCUCUGUGGCCUGGAGGCGCAGGCCUGCAUCAUGCAAACAGCCUUGGAUCUCCUUGACCGAGGGCUGCAGGUCCAUGUGGUGGUGGACGCCUGCUCUUCUCGCAGCCAGGUGGACCGGCUGGUGGCACUGGCACGCAUGCGUCAGAGUGGUGCCUUUCUCUCCACCAGUGAAGGGCUCAUCCUGCAGCUUGUGAGGGAUGCUGCUAACCCCCACUUCAAGGAGAUCCAGAAGAUCAUUAAGGAGCCCGCCCCAGAUAGCGGGCUGCUGGGCUUCUUCCAAGAUCAGAACCCCCUCUUCCGCUGAACUCUACCUUCCUGUCACUCUGACAUCUGUGGAAGUGCUUCUCCCCAUCCCUGGAUCCCUAGAGUGGUGCAGUCCUCCAGCAGAGCCGCCCCCCCCCCCCGAGAGGGGCGUGGCUCCCCCUUCCCAUUGGCUGGUUACUCCAGGAAAUGCAAAUGAGACAUCUGGGAAGCUGCAUGACAAUUGGCUGGGAGUGAGGUGGAGGCGGGGCUUGGUCCAGGACCACUUCACAGGGUGGGCAGGGGCGGGGGAAGGGGUGUCACCGAGUGGGACCCGGACUUGCAGAAUAAACAUUGCUGUGGCUGUG